CAAUUGACGGAGCUAGACGUGAAACUGAAGGCUUUGCGUUUUCGAGUGAACCGCAGUAACGAGAUCAUAGAGAAAGGUGAGAGAUCUGCUGUGGAAAGGCAACGAGAGUCCAUUCAAACGCUUGUAAGUACAAUAAAUUGUUUAAAGGGGUCUAUCGAAGAAGCGAAAUUCGGGCAAAGCGAAUCUGAGAGCGAUGUAGAACAAUGGUCGCAAGACAUCGACGCGCGAGUCGCCACAGCUGACCAGUGUUGUGAAAAGCUAUACAAUUUUGUUAAGGAAAUCGAAACGAAGGCGAAAGAGCAAGAAUUAAUUAGCCAAGACGCACGAGCAACAGAUUUUAGAGCAAAAGCUUGA